AUGAAUAAUCAUAGUACUUAAUUUGAGAUUUUACCAAAACUGAUUACUAAUCAACACAAGUUGCUAGAUCCGAUGUAUAUAAGGAAUACUCAACAGCGAAAUUCUUAGUAUCUAAAUACAUAUUAUAGUUGCAGAAACGAAUCCAAAAUCUUGCCUCACAUACAAAGGAGAUCCAUGAUGUAGGGUAACUCAAAGCAAAUGGUAGUUUAAAGUAUAAACUGAAAUAUAAUUCAAAGGGUUUAUGUACAGCUUCGAUUACAACACAAGACACUUUGGAACAACUUGUGAUAGGGGUUUUUAGGGAUUAUCCAGUUAUCAUCUGUCAUAAAAAUUUGGACAUCUAGGCACAAGAUUGUAGCCAUUGGAGAAGAACAUUGUGGCUGAUAUGACUGAUGGAGAGGAUGUGGAAGAAAUCAAAAAAGAUGAGAGAUUGUUUUAUAAGAAAAUAUACAAAUAUAAUUAAAUGCCUGUUUUGGCAUUGAUAAAAUCUUUUGAAGUAGAAUGGAUUAAAGAGAAAGAUGACUAAGUCAAUAGGAAAGUAUCAAAGAGUCUCAUUCUAAGCUUUCAAACUACACUUUAAAUAUUAAAUACUCAUUAAGAUUUCAUAGACUUUUUUAUGAAAAAUUUAUAACUGUUAGAAUUGAAUACGGUAGCCUUAAAGCAGAAAGGAUUGCAUUAAUUGAAAGCAAAAGUAGACAAAUUUUCAAGUCAAGAAUUUCCAUCACCUUAUCUCAUAAUAUCAAAUCAAACUGGCCAAGGAUUUUUUAAGAUUCACUUUCCAAUUAUUGAAAUUUAUUUUUAAGAGUACUAAUAUGUCGAAACUAUUAAAUUAUCCCCUAUGAAAUUAUAUGAGUUGGUUAAUAAUAACUUUUUCUAAGUUAGUGAAAUAAUUCAAGAGAUAAAUGUUGACUUUUCAGUCCUCAAAUAAAAGUUAAUGUAAUAAACAGAGAGUAAAAGUAAAGUACAGGAAUAAAUUGAAGAGAAAGUAAAGCCUGAAGUUUAAAUCUCUGAUUAACCUUAAGCACAACCUAAUAUAGAAUCUUAAUAAAAAGUGGUGACCACCAAACCAAACAACUCCGAUUUUGGAUUAAUUAUUAGUGAAAGUAAGAUUAGAUUUAAUUUUAGAAAAGUGUGAAUUCCCUGAUAAGCUUUUGAAUAAAAGAAUGAUUAAAUGUGUUGUUUAGAAGGAUGAGAAGAGUUUCUUUUGUGUCGAUUUUCUACCACUCUAAUUUAUCAUCAAGGAAAAGGUUUCUUAGAAAACUGUUAAAUUGUAUUCUCCAACCUUCCAAGAAUUUAAUGAAUUUCUAACUUAAUUAGGAUAAAAGCAGAUGAAAUAAGUAAUAGACGAGUGUUUGAUUACUUAAUUUGAUCUUUAGCCAGAAGACUUUGAUUAUAAGGAGUUCAAGAAGGGAACUAAGAUCAGUCUAAGUUUUCCAACAGCGUCGGAAUUAAACUUGGAAAUAACUGAGGAACAUCUUAAUAAUGGAUUGUUAUCCGGGUUUGUAAAAGAGAUCGAGAUAAAUAACAAGGAUUUACAGAUUAUCAUAGAGUAAUGAAAUUGUAGCAUAAUUUAGACCUUGCAUUUUUGGGAUCUAUAACCAAUUAACAUGUGUGACUGAGAAGAGAAACUGUACAUCGAAAGAAUUAACUAGUAUUUUGCAGAAAAAAUAUUAAGUAAAAUUUUAACUUGUUUGA